CGUGGCUCCGGCCGGCGUUUCCGCAAACAGAAUCGUGGAUGACUGUGUGGUGUGGAUUCAUGAGGUUUUGCUGACAUUUCAAGUAACCAGAAAUGGAAGGUUCUGCAAGAGCAUUAGUAGGUUCUGAAACAGAAUCUCCUCCAAGUGUUAAUGAAGCCGCUGCUGCAUCUGGGCAGAGGGUUUCUGACAAGACUCCUACACGCCAGCAAGAAGAUCAGCCAGAAGUGCAGAAAGAGCCUGAAGAUGGUCUUGUAGAGCAAAAUUCGAGUUGUGUGCAAGAUUCUCCAUCCAAGAAAAGAAAACUUGAUGUUGAAAUCAUCUUAGAGGAAAAACACUCUGAGGAUGAUGGAGUUUCUUCAAAGAGAAGCAAACUGGAGAGGGGUGAUGUGUCGGAAGAUGAGACUUCCCUUGGUAGGCUUAACCAGACAAAGAGAAAACUGCAGCCUCAGGACGCUGAGGAAACUCGGAAAUUUCAGAAGCUGGAGGAAGGACACAGCUCAGCCGUGGCUGCCCACUAUAAUGAGCUUCAGGAAGUUGGCCUGGUGAAGCGUAGUCAAAGUCGCAUUUUUUACCUAAGAAACUUUAAUAAUUGGAUUAAAAGUAUUCUGAUUGGGGAAAUUUUAGAAAAGGUACGACAAAGAAAAACCCGUGACAUCACUGUUUUGGACCUGGGAUGUGGAAAAGGUGGAGAUUUGCUCAAGUGGAGGAAGGGGAGAAUUAGCAGGCUAGUGUGUGCUGAUAUCGCCGAUAUUUCUAUGAAACAAUGUCAACAACGUUACGAAGACAUGAGAUGUCGUCGUGAUAAUGAGCAUAUUUUUAGUGCAGAAUUUAUAACUGCGGACUGUUCAAAGGAACUUUUGGUUGAAAAAUUCCGUGACCCAGAAAUGUGCUUUGAUGUCUGCAGCUGUCAGUUCGCUUGCCAUUACUCCUUUGAGUCUCUGGAGCAGGCGGAUACGAUGCUUAGAAAUGCCUGUGGGAGGCUUAACCCUGGCGGCUAUUUUAUUGGUACCACUCCCAAUAGCUUCGAACUGAUAAGACGCCUUGAAGCUUCAGAAACAGAAUCAUUUGGAAAUGAAAUAUACACUGUGAAAUUCCAGAAGAAAGGAAAUUAUCCUUUAUUUGGCUGCAAAUAUGACUUUAACUUGGAAGGUGUUGUGGAUGUCCCUGAAUUCUUGGUCUAUUUUCCAUUGCUAACUGAAAUGGCAAAGAAGUAUAAUAUGAAACUAAUCUACAAAAAAACAUUUUUGGAAUUCUAUGAAGAAAAGAUUAAAAACAAUGAAAACAAAAUGCUCUUAAAACGAAUGCAGGCCCUGGAGCCAUACCCUGCAAAUGAGAACUCUAAACUUGCCUCUGAAAAGGUGGGUGACUACGAGCAUGCAGCAGAGUACCUGAAGAACAGUCAAGUGAGGUUACCUCUGGGUACCUUAAGUAAGUCGGAAUGGGAAGCUACAAGUAUCUACUUGGUCUUUGCCUUUGAGAAGCAGCAGUGAGCACGUUGCUUUAGAGCAGCACUCCAUCCUCCCGGGUGGAGCAGACCAUCUCAGAAACAUUUGACAGCUGUUUGUUUAUUUUAAUAGUAAGUUCUAAAUGUGUAGGAUACUGCCACAAACUCCAGUGUACAUAUUUGACACUUACUGUCUGUGACAGGUUAGCAUAAUGUGUGUACAUAGGGAUGAGUGGUCUUUAAGAUCUAUUUUUAAGUACUGUUGUAAUUGUUUCCCUCUACUGUCAAAACUAUAGCAAGGCAUGUCAGAGCAGCUGAACUCCCCAGUGCUGUGAUGUGUGAAUGUGUUUACAGAGCUGAAUUGACAGUCACUAGAAUUGGCAGAGGAAUGCUCACGUUUUGUUACAGUGUUUUUCAAGAUUUAAUGGAUUGUGUUCUGUAUACUUGAAUGUAAGUGUUCAAUAUAUAUUGCUAAAGUUAUAAGAUUAAAUUUUGAUUUUAGAUUGUUCUAAGAGCUACCUGGCUAGAUUUUGACUGUGUUUCAAUAAAAUAACUAUUUGCUAAUACACUGCAAUUCUGAGACUCUAUAGAAAAACUUAGAUGGCAGCAUAGAGUUAGUGUGGAAUGGUUUGAUAUUCUCUUUAGAAUUUCUUACCAUAGCAAUUAGCAUAUCUAAUUAUUGAGGUUGUGAUUAAGGUAUGAUUAACUUCACUGGACAGUAAUUCCAUGGCUAGAUUUUCCUAAGGUUUUGUGAAAUUGCCAUGUCCUAAUUGUGUUCCAUAAUGUUUUCCAAUGGACGUGUGCACGUGCAGUAGGAGCAGCACAGUGAGGUGCAUUUCAGAGGAAUCCUCACCAACUCACAACUCAUGACUCACUCACCAAUGCUGUAUCCUUCCAGGUCCCAGCCGCAGCUCCAGACCCCGCUGUCUAAUUGUCUUUCAAACAUUAACUGUUGAGACGUUAAUGGUGUAGUAGUCGGCAUGGCUGCCUUGCAGGUGUUUACUUGAUGCCUCACAGCCUUCAUGAUUGUCAUUGUCAGCCUUUACAUAUAUCAAGAAACUUAAGAGCAAAUAUAAUUAGACAUUUGUUUUAAAAUCUUACUUAAAGGGCAAUUUACAAAGAUGCUACUUUCUGUAAAAUAGGCCCAGGGCCAGAGAGAUGGCUCAGUAGUUAGGAGUGCUGGCUGCUCAUGGAGAAGACCCAGGUUCAG